GGUUUUGAAGUCAAGAUCAUUUACCUUAUUGAUGUCCAAAGUUACCGUAAAUUACAUAACGUUAGUCAGUACAGUGACCAAAGUAAGUAAUGCUAAACAACUAGCACGAACAUAAAUAAAAACUCUCAGUUUUGUCAGUUACAGUCCAUAACAGCACCGGCAUAUUGUACAUUAUUUAAAAAUUAUUUCAUCCUAUCUUGGCAAUACCAAAUUCAAAAUGUUUAGGGGCGGAACUUACUGUAAGCCGACAAUAUCUCAGCAGGCCACUAUGUGAUAAUGGAGGAAGCCAUCACCCCAAUAUGGCGCCAACUGCCUGAUGUUGUAAACGGCACUCUCAUCCGGCGCAAGCUCGGCGAUCUCAGAAUCGAGCUCCGAAUAGCAGGUCUUUUUCACAACAUAGCGCCGAAUACCAGUCCCGAUAACGUCGUUUCUGCUCGUGGCGAUCAAGUGCGUUACAAAAGGUAUCAUAAAGUGGUAGAACCAUAUUACAAACUUACAUACUCGUCAACAGCCCAAACGUCAGCAUUAGUCGUUCGACUUGUUACCUGCACUCAAACCGGACAGGGCCUGGAGUCCUAUUAAUAAAUAUCCAGCUGGUAUUACCACCAUGGCAAGGUGAGCCAAUAUUUACAU